CGAUAACCCUCCUCGAACCCAUCGAGUACAAAGCGAUUCUUCUGAUUCUUCUCCCCAACAUAAGGACUUCCCCAACUGCUCCCUCCUCCGCAAGAUGGCCACAGGAUUUGCGACAAAGCGCCUCUCAAAGGAACUAUCCAAGAUCCACGGCAACCUCCCUCCUGGAAUCACCCUCGUGUCUGCAGAAGGCUUUCAAGAAUGGCUACUCGACAUCCAAGUCCUGGACUCCAACCCUCUAUAUAUGAACCAGACCUACCGACUAAAAUUCAAAUUCAGCCCUUCGUAUCCCAUUGAACCACCCGAAGUAACCUUCGUGUCCUCCCCGGACCGGCCCAUCCCUAUGCACCCGCACAUCUACUCCAACGGCAUCAUCUGUCUGGAUCUUCUGGGGCAGCAGGGCUGGUCGCCCGUGCAGAAUGUUGAGAGUGUCUGCAUGAGCUUGCAGAGUAUGUUGACGGGGAACACCAAGAACGAGCGUCCGGAGGGAGAUGCCAACUUCGUGGCCAAUAAUAGGAGAAGACCGAGAGAUAUUGACUUUUAUUACCAUGACAAUACGGUCUGAUGUGGAUGAGGAGAGAGGACAUGUUGUUUCAUGGGCCUGGGGAUUGGCGUUUGGGAGAAAGGGGAGGUGAUCUGAGACUCGAGGCGUUCAGAUAGUUAUGAUUCGAUGCGAUGAUGUGGUCAUUAUGCGGAGGAAGCAGUCUUUUGCGAUGGCAUUACAAGCAUGGCGUUCCGGUUCUUACAGAUUUUUGAUGUCUAGGCUACUAGAAUUGUACAGCCGUCCC